AUGCCAGGCUGCGCUCUCGCGGCACAGCAGCCUGCGCUCGCGCACGCUGGCUCGGCACCUGCGCUGCCGAGCGUGGGCGCGGCCGCUGCGAGACCGAGGAUCGCGAACCCGCAGCGGGCCAGGACCGGCUUGCUGUCGCCGGUGGCCUUGGCGCGCUUCGGGCACGACCCUGGCUCGGGCGACCCCUGGUCGGUGCCUAGUGGCAUGCGCUCGCGCGCGGCAACUGCCUUGGGAACCACGGGGCAGAUGUCCGCGGAGUCGGCGGUGGACUGGUGGCCCGGCGACCGUGCGGCUCUGCCCGGCAGCCGCUGCGGCGACAGUCGCGGGGGCAGCCGCGGAGGCAGCCGCGGUGGCAGCCGUUGGGGGCGCGGCACGGUGAGCAGCCGUGGGGCCAGCGCUGGAGCAGUCCAUCGUCUCAAGGAGUGCUCGAGCCUGGAGCACAUCCGGCGGCAGCAACGCGUCGCCACCAGCAGUCGCGUCGGCAGUCCCGACGGUUCUUCGGACACCGGGAGCCGCGUGGCAAGCCGCCUGGGUGCUGUUUGCUCGCCGCGGCGGCCCCGCGGUGAGGAGUGGGUUGCAGAGCGAUUGGACGCGGCCGCGGCCGCGCAGCGCCUUGCCGCCAAGGCGGCUGCAGCCGCCGCGGGGUCCCAGCCCAGCGUGUCUUCGGUUCGCACGAGGACACGUGCCAUCGUCGCCAACACUGGGGAUUUGAGCCCGGAAGGGGAGUUCUCGCCCCUGGAGAAGGACCCCCUGGCGAUGGCGGCCAAAUUCCAGGAGGACACGAAGGCUUUAGACGCCGCGCUCGAGACAAUGUACCGGAGCGUCAGGCUCGAACACCUCCACACCGCGACGGCGGAGGAGAAGCAGGAUCGCGAGCGCGAGGAGGCGCGCCUACGCCGGGAGGCGGAGAGGCGCGAGUCGCGGAAGCGCGAGCUGGAGGCUCGUGACCCAGCCCACAAGGUUGAGAUCAAGAUCGAGCGCUCGCGCCAGUUUUCCGAGUUCGACGAGACCACGAUCCCCAUGCAGAGCGUGGAGGCUCUUUGCAUUGACCAGAAUGGGGGGACAUAA